UGCAGCUGCUUUUAUUCUGAAGGGCGUGGCGGGGAUGCCAGUACUGUGGUCGCGCGUUGACGCAGCGGGUGCGUCAAACGGAGACGGGAUGCUGUAACAGCAGCAUCCUCCGCCGCCGACCGGAUCCCGGGUACUCUGCGCUCAGACCGGUUCGGACUCCUCGUUCGCUAGCAUCUGGAGCCCGUGAAGAUGAGCAUAACCUGGUGGUUCCUGGUGAGCAGCUCCGGCACGCGGCACCGCCUCCCCAGAGAGAUGAUCUUCGUGGGCCGAGAGGAUUGUGAGCUGAUGCUGCAGUCUCGCAGCGUGGACAAGCAGCACGCUGUCAUCAACUACGACCCGACAAGCGACGAGCACUUGGUGAAGGACCUGGGCAGUCUGAACGGGACGUUUGUGAACGAUGUGAGGAUUCCGGACCAGACGUACGUCACACUCAAACUCUCGGACGUUGUCCGCUUUGGGUAUGAUUCUCACAUCUAUGUUUUGGAGAAGAGCCAACACAAAGUACCAGAGGAGGCACUCAAGCAUGAGAAGUACACCAGCCAGCUGCAGAUGGGCCUAAAAGCAUCAGAGGGGAAGAGGGCGGAGCUAGAGGAGCGGACCCGAGUGGACAAACCGGAGUGCACUAAAACUCUGACACAUGAGGCACCUGUGUGUCGUCCCACGCCGCUGUACGGUCAGCCGUCCUGGUGGGGGGAGGAGGAUUCCGUUGAUCUUGCAGACGUGCAGAAAGACCCUCCUGUGGACCCGGACCUGUCUGGGUCUCUGUCCGACCAGCCAAAGACCGGAUACCCAUCAUACCACCGUGAGCCCAGCUACUUUGAGAUUCCCACCAAGGACUUCCAGCACCCCAAAACACCAGCCAGUGAGAUCCACGAGAUUCCCACCAAGGAUACAGACAUGCCUCCUACUCCGCAGUCUCCUCCAACUCCGACCCCACCUGUGGUCCAGAGCCACGCCUCUUUCACUAUCGAGUUUGAUGACUGCAUGCCGGGAAAGAUCAAGAUCAAGGAUCAUGUAACCAAGUUUACAACACGCCAGCGGAAGCAGCAGGUUCCGACCACCAAGACGGCCACUGCGCCCUCAGACGUGAUGUCACCUGAAACCAAGGUAGCUGAUUGGCUGGUGCACAGUGAUGUCAGUAUGAUGAGGCGGCGGCCGACGUGUGCAGAUGUUUACAGCACAAAGAGUGACCUUGCCGUGAACAUCAAGACCCUCAAAGGCCAUCAUCAUGAAGACGGAACUCAGAGUGACUCCGAGGAACCAGCACUCAAAGGCAGUGGGAGCGAACCCUGCCACGCCGCCCGCUCAGAGGAGCCCGAGUCAGCCCCAGAGGGGGAUCACUCCAUCUACUGCCAGCCACCAGCUGCUCCACAGAAGCUUCUGGAACCGCUGCUGUACUCUCCACCGAGACCAGCCCCGCCCUCGCCUGUUGCUCCUGAAUGGCCUGUCUGCCAGAGUCCACCUGGGGCUCAGUUACCCCCUGCAGAAACAAGCAAGCAGGGGCCACCAGAGCACAUCACCCAGCAAGCUUUCAUCAUUGAGUUCUUUGAUGACAACCCACGUAAGAAGCGUUCACAGUCCUUCACGCACAACCCUGCCCACGCCGACCCCUACUGCACCCUCAAGGCCAAGAUAGAGCGACGAAAAGGUGGGGAGAGGCCGGCAUCCAUGCAUGGCCACAUCCCUCCGACUCAGCAGGUGAUAGUCCCUCUGAAGGGUCAGGGCCACAGUGGUCACCAAAGGUCCAGCUCCCUGAAGAGGGAGAAGACGGAGGGGGAGGCUGGCUCCUCUUCUUGUUCACCCUCAGGUAUCAUCAUCAAGCCCUUCGGCAGUGUUGGGAAGAAGUCAAAACUUGCCCAAGAGUUUGCUGCAGAAUUCCUGAAGGAUCAGUGUCUGUCAGACUCGUCCCCAGUGAGGAACAAAUCAUCUCCUCCACCAAUGUCUGCACCACCAGUGAUGGUGUCACCUCCUCAAGCACAAAUCUCCUCCUACAAAGAACCUUCAGCACCCUCUUCGCGCUCCUCCCCUUUCCCUAUGCAGCUUCCAGCAAUCUCAAAGUCCCCCAAAGUCAUCCCCACAUCAGUAUUGACAACUUCUCAUGGAACCUGUGGUGGUCCCAUGCACUCCUCUGGACCCCAGACUGUCGUCCUGCCUUUGGCCGUAUGUGGAGGAGACCCCAAAGGUUCCCAGAGGAUGCCAAGGAACGAGGAGGACGACAGUCUGAGUGAUGCUGGAACCUACACCAUUGACACAGAGUUCCAAGACAAAGAGGUGGAGGAGGCACGGAACAUGAUUGACCAGGUGUUUGGUGUUCUGGACUCUCUGGAGUACAGCGGUGUGAACGCCGCCGUUUAUCGGCCUGUCAUCAACCAGGAUGAAAAAGCCCAUGAUGAAAGCUCCGUGGAGCCGCCACACGCCCUCAUCCCGACUGUUGUUGGGCCUCCAACGGACCCCGUCCAGGUUCCUGGGUCGGUUCUGGAAGGACCAAAGUGGGUCUCCCGUUGGGCCAGUUUAGCAGACAGCUAUGUGGAUCCUGGUUCUACUCCUCCUCAAGGAGAGUUUCUCAAAGAUUUGCACCUGGUGACCCGGUCGAUGGGAAGUUACUAUGACAAUUCUGAAUCAGAGUUCACCCACAGCUCCAGGACAAGGAGGCUGCUGCCCCAGGUGCCCCCUGAAAAGAUGGACAGCAGCACCCCCAACAUUCUAAUUCGCCAGGAGACUUACCAAAGCCAGAAACCUCAGAAGAUAACAUCCGGUUCUCUUUGCCCACUGGACUCUACCCAGUGCCUGUCUGUUCAGGAUGAUGUGGACCCAGAUAGCUUAAGUGACGCCAGCCGUUCAGAUGAUGGAACUCUUUUGGACAGGACAAGGAAGAGCCAGGGGAAGACUGGAGUCAUGGCUUCAGUCAUCGCUGUUUCUCAGUUUAAAGGUCAGGACAAUGAUUCUCCCACCAUCAAUUCCACUUCCUUUUAUAUUGGUUCUGAAGACCUCUCAAGCAAAGCUGAAGAGGGUAAGAGCAUGAUGCAGUCUGAGAUGACCUACACCCCACCACCAAAAAUUCACCCCACCAAUGUAUUGAUCCAACACUUGACUGGCCAUGAACCCCGGAGGACGGGUGUCAAACCCAACAGUUCUGCUCCAAACUUACAAACACAGGUCAAGGAUUUUGUCUCAGCUAAAGACAGCAGCAUGACAUCGUUUGUACGACAGGAAAGUUUUACCAAAGAUCAACCCGAUGACACUGUCCAGAGGAAGAAGCUUCCCCACAUCUCCAGUCACCCAUUGAUCAGUGACCUGGACAAGAGAAGAGAGAAUAUCGAGGACACACAGUCCUACCUUCAGGAAGUGGAGGGACCACUGUGUUCUCUCGACACCACUCUCCCUUCAGUUAGUCGCAGCUCAAAAAAAGGAGGCCCUCCAAGCCAAAACAAUGACUCUCUUUCUGGAGAUUCAGAUGUCGACACGGCGAGCACGGUGAGUCAGGUGAGCAGUAAAAAUGCUGCUGUCAGUGCCUCUUCAAAAAAGCAUCCCACAGUCAGCAGUCUGCAGAAGGAGAAGUCCUCCUCCAGCACGUCCAUCAAAGAAAAAGGACGGCAACUCACUGCCCGUGAGCGGCUUUCUGAGAAACGCAGAAACCACGUGGUUGCAGAUGUGUCAGGCAAAGUAGACGCAACAAGGCAUUUUCAGAUGCGCCGCAGUUCUGGCAACCGGGGAUCUCUGGAUCUGUCAGAGGGUCAGCAGGGCUCCAGGCCACACUGGACUGAAGCUACAUCAUCUGACCACGAGACCUUUCGACCGUCGAGCCGCACAAAGAAGCUCACUGCUCCUCUUCAGAAGGACGAUGAGGGAAAGAAGACAAAAACAGCAGCUCUCCAAGUUCUGACUCGAUCCAACAGCCUAUCUGCACCACGUCCAACCCGUGCAUCCAUGCUUCGUCGCGCGCGCCUGGGAGAGGCCUCAGAUAAUGAAGGUGCUGAGACUGACAAAGGCUCCCAGAAUUCAGAGCAUGCCACUGUGCUGCCCAAAGUGUCCACUGAGGGCAAAAAGCUGUCUAGGUUGGACAUCCUGGCCAUGCCCAGAAAGAGGACUGGAUCCUUCACAGCCCCCAGUGAUGCAGAGACUUCCUCCAUGGGACGUUCAAGUGUCUCCAAUUGCACCUCUGAAUCUGUCUCUACUACAAGGAAGACAUCUGUCGGUGACACGUGGCAAACAUCAAACAAAGGGGGCAGGGCUUCAGGAAAGCAAACGCUGAGCCGCACCCGUUCAAUUGGUGCCAAGUACCGAGGCUCAGGUUCCCAUUGCCGGCAGAAAGACUCGGAUCUCUCCUCGUCCUCGGAGGAAGACCAGACCACCAAAUGCCCCACCCACCCUUCUGACUCUGCCCACAUACCUCACGGCCCCAAAGGGACAGUCACUCGCUCAAAGUCAGUAUCCCUGGAAGCCGAGGAGGAUGAGGACCAGAACGAGGCGGAUCCGUACCAGAACUGGUCCAUGCAUAGCGCAGAGAUUGCAAAGCUCAGUCAUGACUUGGCCAAAGAUUUAGCCAUCCUGGCCAAGGAGAUCCAUGAUGUGGCCGGCGAUGCGGAAUCGCCCAACUCUGGCAUGUGUGCCACGACCGUGCACAGCUCACUGCCACACGCGGCCUCCACCGUCAGGGAGGAGCUGGUCCAGCGUAUCCCCGAGGCCAGUUUAAACUACCAGAAGGUUCCACCAGGUUCUGCUGUUGUCUGGGAUUUGGAUGCAAACAUGAACGAGCCAGAAGCCGGUUCUAAGCUCCAUCGGCCAUGGAACCGUGAAGAGGUGAUUCUGGACAACCUGAUGUUGAAUCCGGUGUCACAGCUGUCACAGGCCAUCCGAGAAAACACCGAGCAGCUCGCCGGCAAAAUGAAGGUUCUGUUCCACAACAAGGCUGAAGUGUGGGAGGAAAUCGAGGCAAAGAUCAACGCUGAAAAUGAAGUUCCCAUACUGAAAACCUCGAACAAGGAAAUUUCCUCCAUCUUGAAGGAACUAAGGAGAGUCCAGAAACAGCUGGAAGUUAUCAACACAAUUGUGGAACCCGGCGGAGGUCUUCAGGCUGCAGCAUCCAGCUCGUUACCUCUCAGCCAAACUCUGGUGUCAACACGGGAGAGGAAAGCCACAGUCAAAUCACACAGCCCCCCUCAACAUGCAACGCCAACGAAAGCAGCAAGCGAUCAUCGCGUGGCGCCAAUGGGGCCCAUUCCACGGCCUGAACAAGCCCAUAGCGUUGGACGGCUCCUGUGCAUCCACAUUGCCUACAGCACGUCUCCGACUGUUACCAUUGACUUUGACUCUAUGACCGAUGACUUUGACUCUGUGACCGAUGACUGUGACUCUACGACUUUGACUGUUACCAUUGACUUUGACUCUGUGACCGAUGACUGUGACUCUGUGACCGAUGACUAUGACUUUGACUCUCUAGCCGAUGACUUUGGCUCUGUGACCGAUGACUUUGACUCUGUGACCGAUGACUUUGUCUCUACGAUUUUGACUGUUACCAUUGACUUUGACUCUGUGAUCGAUGGCUUUGACUCUGUGACCGAUGACGUUGACUCAUUAAAUUUGACUCUGAUCGAUGACUUUGACUCUGUGGCCGAUGGCUUUCACUCUGUGACCGACAACUUUGACUCUGUGGCCAAUGACUUUGACUCUACGUGCAGAAAGACCCUCCUGUGGACCCGGACCUGUCUGGGUCUCUGUCCGACCAGCCAAAGACCGGAUACCCAUCAUACCACCGUGAGCCCAGCUACUUUGAGAUUCCCACCAAGGACUUCUAGCACCCCAAAACACCAGCCAGUGAGAUCCACGAGAUUCCCACCAAGGAUACAGACAUGCCUCCUACUCCGCAGGUCUCCUCCAACUCCGACCCCACCUGUGGUCCAGAGCCACGCCUCUUUCACUAUCGAGUUUGAUGACUGCAUGCCGGGAAAGAUCAAGAUCAAGGAUCAUGUAACCAAGUUUACAACACGCCAGCGGAAGCAGCAGGUUCCGACCACCAAGACGGCCACUGCGCCCUCAGACGUGAUGUCACCUGAAACCAAGGUAGCUGAUUGGCUGGUGCACAGUGAUGUCAGUAUGAUGAGGCGGCGGCCGACGUGUGCAGAUGUUUACAGCACAAAGAGUGACCUUGCCGUGAACAUCAAGACCCUCAAAGGAAACUGUGGAGAACCUCCUGAGGUGACUUUAUUACUCAGAACUCUGCUCAGAAUGAAGCUAACGAACCAGAGUGACUCCGAGGACCAGCACUCAAAGGCAGGUGGGAGCGAACCCUGCCACGCCGCCCGCUCAGAGGAGCCCGAGUCAGCCCCAGAGGGGGAUCACUCCAUCUACUUGCCAGCCACCAGCUGCUCCACAGAAGCUUCUGAACCGCUGCUGUACUCUCCACCGAGACCAGCCCCGCCCUCGCCUGUUGCUCCUGAAUGGCCUGUCUGCCAGAGUCCACCUGGGGCUCAGUUACCCCCUGCAGAAACAAGCAAGCAGGGGCCACCAGAGCACAUCACCCAGCAAGCUUUCAUCAUUGAGUUCUUUGAUGACAACCCACGUAAGAAGCGUUCACAGUCCUUCACGCACAACCCUGCCCACGCCGACCCCUACUGCACCCUCAAGGCCAAGAUAGAGCGACGAAAAGGUGGGGAGAGGCCGGCAUCCAUGCAUGGCCACAUCCCUCCGACUCAGCAGGUGAUAGUCCCUCUGAAGGGUCAGGGCCACAGUGGUCACCAAAGGUCCAGCUCCCUGAAGAGGGAGAAGACGGAGGGGGAGGCUGGCUCCUCUUCUUGUUCACCCUCAGGUAUCAUCAUCAAGCCCUUCGGCAGUGUUGGGAAGAAGUCAAAACUUGCCCAAGAGUUUGCUGCAGAAUUCCUGAAGGAUCAGUGUCUGUCAGACUCGUCCCCAGUGAGGAACAAAUCAUCUCCUCCACCAAUGUCUGCACCACCAGUGAUGGUGUCACCUCCUCAAGCACAAAUCUCCUCCUACAAAGAACCUUCAGCACCCUCUUCGCGCUCCUCCCCUUCCUCCCCUAUGCAGCUUCCAGCAAUCUCAAAGUCCCCCAAAGUCAUCCCCACAUCAGUAUUGACAACUUCUCAUGGAACCUGUGGUGGUCCCAUGCACUCCUCUGGACCCCAGACUGUCGUCCUGCCUUUGGCCGUAUGUGGAGGAGACCCCAAAGGUUCCCAGAGGAUGCCAAGGAACGAGGAGGACGACAGUCUGAGUGAUGCUGGAACCUACACCAUUGACACAGAGUUCCAAGACAAAGAGGUGGAGGAGGCACGGAACAUGAUUGACCAGGUGUUUGGUGUUCUGGACUCUCUGGAGUACAGCGGUGUGAACGCCGCCGUUUAUCGGCCUGUCAUCAACCAGGAUGAAAAAGCCCAUGAUGAAAGCUCCGUGGAGCCGCCACACGCCCUCAUCCCGACUGUUGUUGGGCCUCCAACGGACCCCGUCCAGGUUCCUGGGUCGGUUCUGGAAGGACCAAAGUGGGUCUCCCGUUGGGCCAGUUUAGCAGACAGCUAUGUGGAUCCUGGUUCUACUCCUCCUCAAGGAGAGUUUCUCAAAGAUUUGCACCUGGUGACCCGGUCGAUGGGAAGUUACAGCUAUGACAAUUCUGAAUCAGAGUUCACCCACAGCUCCAGGACAAGGAGGCUGCUGCCCCAGGUGCCCCCUGAAAAGAUGGACAGCAGCACCCCCAACAUUCUAAUUCGCCAGGAGACUUACCAAAGCCAGAAACCUCAGAAGAUAACAUCCGGUUCUCUUUGCCCACUGGACUCUACCCAGUGCCUGUCUGUUCAGGAUGAUGUGGACCCAGAUAGCUUAAGUGACGCCAGCCGUUCAGAUGAUGGAACUCUUUUGGACAGGACAAGGAAGAGCCAGGGGAAGACUGGAGUCAUGGCUUCAGUCAUCGCUGUUUCUCAGUUUAAAGGUCAGGACAAUGAUUCUCCCACCAUCAAUUCCACUUCCUUUUAUAUUGGUUCUGAAGACCUCUCAAGCAAAGCUGAAGAGGGUAAGAGCAUGAUGCAGUCUGAGAUGACCUACACCCCACCACCAAAAAUUCACCCCACCAAUGUAUUGAUCCAACACUUGACUGGCCAUGAACCCCGGAGGACGGGUGUCAAACCCAACAGUUCUGCUCCAAACUUACAAACACAGGUCAAGGAUUUUGUCUCAGCUAAAGACAGCAGCAUGACAUCGUUUGUACGACAGGAAAGUUUUACCAAAGAUCAACCCGAUGACACUGUCCAGAGGAAGAAGCUUCCCCACAUCUCCAGUCACCCAUUGAUCAGUGACCUGGACAAGAGAAGAGAGAAUAUCGAGGACACACAGUCCUACCUUCAGGAAGUGGAGGGACCACUGUGUUCUCUCGACACCACUCUCCCUUCAGUUAGUCGCAGCUCAAAAAAAGGAGGCCCUCCAAGCCAAAACAAUGACUCUCUUUCUGGAGAUUCAGAUGUCGACACGGCGAGCACGGUGAGUCAGGUGAGCAGUAAAAAUGCUGCUGUCAGUGCCUCUUCAAAAAAGCAUCCCACAGUCAGCAGUCUGCAGAAGGAGAAGUCCUCCUCCAGCACGUCCAUCAAAGAAAAAGGACGGCAACUCACUGCCCGUGAGCGGCUUUCUGAGAAACGCAGAAACCACGUGGUUGCAGAUGUGUCAGGCAAAGUAGACGCAACAAGGCAUUUUCAGAUGCGCCGCAGUUCUGGCAACCGGGGAUCUCUGGAUCUGUCAGAGGGUCAGCAGGGCUCCAGGCCACACUGGACUGAAGCUACAUCAUCUGACCACGAGACCUUUCGACCGUCGAGCCGCACAAAGAAGCUCACUGCUCCUCUUCAGAAGGACGAUGAGGGAAAGAAGACAAAAACAGCAGCUCUCCAAGUUCUGACUCGAUCCAACAGCCUAUCUGCACCACGUCCAACCCGUGCAUCCAUGCUUCGUCGCGCGCGACUGGGAGAGGCCUCAGAUAAUGAAGGUGCUGAGACUGACAAAGGCUCCCAGAAUUCAGAGCAUGCCACUGUGCUGCCCAAAGUGUCCACUGAGGGCAAAAAGCUGUCUAGGUUGGACAUCCUGGCCAUGCCCAGAAAGAGGACUGGAUCCUUCACAGCCCCCAGUGAUGCAGAGACUUCCUCCAUGGGACGUUCAAGUGUCUCCAAUUGCACCUCUGAAUCUGUCUCUACUACAAGGAAGACAUCUGUCGGUGACACGUGGCAAACAUCAAACAAAGGGGGCAGGGCUUCAGGAAAGCAAACGCUGAGCCGCACCCGUUCAAUUGGUGCCAAGUACCGAGGCUCAGGUUCCCAUUGCCGGCAGAAAGACUCGGAUCUCUCCUCGUCCUCGGAGGAAGAAUACCAGACCACCAAAUGCCCCACCCACCCUUCUGACUCUGCCCACAUACCUCACGGCCCCAAAGGGACAGUCACUCGCUCAAAGUCAGUAUCCCUGGAAGCCGAGGAGGAUGAGGACCAGAACGAGGCGGAUCCGUACCAGAACUGGUCCACGCAUAGCGCAGAGAUUGCAAAGCUCAGUCAUGACUUGGCCAAAGAUUUAGCCAUCCUGGCCAAGGAGAUCCAUGAUGUGGCCGGCGAUGCGGAAUCGCCCAACUCUGGCAUGUGUGCCACGACCGUGCACAGCUCACUGGCCAACACGCCGGCCUCCACCGUCAGGGAGGAGCUGGUCCAGCGUAUCCCCGAGGCCAGUUUAAACUACCAGAAGGUUCCACCAGGUUCUGCUGUUGUCUGGGAUUUGGAUGCAAACAUGAACGAGCCAGAAGCCGGUUCUAAGCUCCAUCGGCCAUGGAACCGUGAAGAGGUGAUUCUGGACAACCUGAUGUUGAAUCCGGUGUCACAGCUGUCACAGGCCAUCCGAGAAAACACCGAGCAGCUCGCCGGCAAAAUGAAGGUUCUGUUCCACAACAAGGCUGAAGUGUGGGAGGAAAUCGAGGCAAAGAUCAACGCUGAAAAUGAAGUUCCCAUACUGAAAACCUCGAACAAGGAAAUUUCCUCCAUCUUGAAGGAACUAAGGAGAGUCCAGAAACAGCUGGAAGUUAUCAACACAAUUGUGGAACCCGGCGGAGGUCUUCAGGCUGCAGCAUCCAGCUCGUUACCUCUCAGCCAAACUCUGGUGUCAACACGGGAGAGGAAAGCCACAGUCAAAUCACACAGCCCCACCUCAACAUGCAACGCCAACGAAAGCAGCAAGCGAUCAUCGCGUGGCGCCAAUGGGGCCCAUUCCACGGCCUGA